GGCAUGCAGAUUGCGUGUCAGGUAGGUCCAUGUGGUGUGAUGUGUGUGUGGUGUGUGGUGUCGGUCGAAGACUUCACGGUCGAUCUGUCUGUCUGUCGGUCAGCCGUCCAUGUGCGGCCCCCCGUAUCCGCCGCCCCCCACCGGAGCCGGUCUCGGGCGAUACUGGCUGUGGCCGAACGGCGGGUAACGCCUGACACACAAACACACGAUAGACAUACAAAGACAUCCAUCAUCGGCCAUAUUUCAGUCUGUGGGUAUGGUGUGGAUGUCAUGUACCGACCCGCGUCCGCCGCCCCUGUAUCCGCCCCGCCCCCGGCCCCGCCCACGACCGCCAAAAUAACCGAACCCCGGACCGCGACGGGGCAACGCUGCCGUACCAAACGUCUCCUGACACAUCGCAGACAGACAGACAGACAGACGAACAGACAGACAGAAAAUUUACUCGUACAUACAUCAUACAGACACCCAAUGUGUUGCGUGCAACAUCCAUCCAUGCAUCCAUCCCUGCGUGAAUGGGCGGGUGGGGUAUGCAGGUAGGUACCGUGUCGACUUGUCUUUGUUUGUCUCUGUCGAGUCGUGUGUCGUGUCCCUCCUGGCGGUCGAGGGUCUCGCAGCUGAUGCUGUCGAAGAACGACGACGCCUUGUUGUACCCGCUCUUCACGUCACCCACAUGCGGGUCGUUGGGCGCUGUCUCUACGCACACACAUGCAGCCAUUCACCGCAUUCAACCAUCAAACACAUGCAUUGGAUGCAUCAGUCGCGCUUCUGUCUGGUGGGUGCGGUGCGCACGCACGUUUGAUGGCGUUUUUGUCGAAUUUGAGGUUGGCAUCUUCAAAAUUGAAUUCGCCCUCGCGUCGCAUCUCCUCCUUGACGGCAGCGUUGGGCUGGGCCGGCAGCUCACCAACCACAGUGCGGGGCGCGUUGGGCUGGUGGUGGGGGUGGCCGCCACCACGGUGGUGGGGACCGCGACCUCCCUGAGACAGACAGACAAACACCCAUCUUAAUGCUCAGGUGAUAUCUUGUGGGAUGUCUGUCUGUCUGUCUGUCUGCCUGUCUUUAGUGAGUUAUGUGAGGUUGUUGCUUACGUAUCCGCCGCCCGGUCCUCCGCCCAUGGGUGGCCCCCCGCCGCCAUAGCCCCCGUAGCCCCCACGACCACCACCACGACCGCCGUAGGAGAAAUAACCGCCACGACCACCCUACACACACAUAAUCAAAUGGACCCAUACGGCCAUUGAGUGACAGAGGCAUGGAUGGAUGGGUGCAUGGGGUAGUGUUGUGUCAUACGGGGGACUUACUCGUGAGUCGUACCGCGGUGGACCCUGAUGGAUGGACAGACAGACAGACAGACAGACAGAAAGACAAGGAGGAAGCGAAAGAAGAAAAAGCGCCACACAUGAAUGUCGGUUACGAAGUAUCUAUCUGCGUAUGUACGUAUGUAGCUCGCUACGCGGCCUGUCUGCAUCCCUCCCUCCCUCCCUGCCUGCCCGUUCCUCGAUUGCUUUGCUUGCUUACCCCGUAGCCUCUGUCGUAUCCGCCGCCGGAUGGCCCCUGCCCGCCUCCGUAUCCGCCGCCACCCAUGUGGUUCAUGUGACCCCCAGACGAGCGGUACCCGUCCUGCUGACCUGCAGUGCAGUGCAAUCACACAUACAUAUACCCAUCAAUCACACCAACGCGUCAGUCACGACAGGUAGGUCCGUGAUGUGCGUCGCGUACCAUAGCUGUUGGCGCCUGAUGGGUACUGCGGGUAGUUGGCCUGUCGGUCACGGCCGCCGCCCAUUGGGCCGCCCAUUCCGCCGCCCGGACCACCCUGGGGCGGCCGCUGACUCAUGCCCACACCACCUGGAAGGCCCUGGUCCUAAUCAACCCACAGACAACCGCACACGAAGGACAAGAAAAUGGUGUUUGGUGACUGGCGUGGGUAGUUACCUGUGCGUUGGGUGAUUGUGCCGGUGCUUGAGAGGUGACGGUGACGAUGGCCGGGUCAUCGGGUACCUUGUUGGCCUGCUCGCACACCGUCAAAUCCUUGAUGUCCUUGCCUGACAGACAGACAGACAGACAGACAAGAACACACCAAGAUGCACCCAGACAGACGUACUCCUUCAUCGGCAGUGGGUAAGCGCGUACCUCGAAAAAUAAUGAAGUCGUAGACCUCCUCGGACGGCGGGAUCUCGGGCGUCUUGCGACCCUCAGUGCCUGAUCAAGGUGCAACACCGACACAGAAGCAGUGUGUGUGGUGCAGGGCCUGCCUCGCUGCCUUUCUGGGUGGAUCGCUCACCGAACGAUCUGACGCUCUGGAGAGCGACAGUGGACUCCUGGGUGUUGAUCGUGUACAGAAUACCUACACAGACAGACAGGCAACACAGAGAAAGGGGGAGAGUGAGGCCGUGACCCUGACGAACAGGACCCACACAUCCUCCCACACCCUGCCCCUCUCUCAUCGCGCGACACGCAACGGAGAGCUGCACAUCCCUCCCUCCCUGCCCGUCUGUCUGUCUACCUGUCCUACUGUGUGUUGUGCUACCGACCUUCAUAUCGGAUCUCCGAAUUGGAGAUGAGACUGAUUUUGCUGCCGAUGUACGGAAGGGUCGCCAUAGGUGGUGUCUCUCACUCCUGACGCACCCACCCCUUCUCUGCUCGCUCCCCUCUGGCCCUCUCCUCAAUCCCACCUCGCUGCGGCCGACGGACUGACAGCCGACCGACCGACAGAUCUCUCCUCCCUCCCCGCUGGCUGCUUGUGCGUGCCGCCGCCUGCCCUGUGCGCUGGGACGGACGCCUGACGUCACUCACCGCCGGCUACGUGUGCUCCUCUGGCCUGAGAUCUCGACG